CCAUGACGCGCAUCGACUUGCGGAAACCCGCACCUGCAUGCAUGAAUUGGCUUGGGUUAUUCCAAGGUAGUGAUCACCCGGCUAAAUCUCUAGUCGCGCGCUGGGUAAUGCUGGUGUCGGUGCACUAGCGGGAGCUUGCUUGCACAAUGGUUCACUAAAGCUCCCAGGUAGAUUCGCCACAGGGCACCUUAGAAGGCCAAUUGACCAUGCUGGCCCUCGGAACAUACGUAUCGGGUCGUGUUCGCCCUGGUUGCGCCGGAGCCUCAUGUGUGGCUCGCCGAGGACGACGAGUACUCAUUCCGACUUAUGCACCGUUAAGAAGAAAAUGGCUGCUGGAGGCUAAACGUGGCGGGAGGUCUGCAGCCGAUGCGGACGCUGCUGACGGCGAGGAGGGUGGCCCCUCCCCGGCCGCGGCUGGCGGGGCGGAACCCUGGCGGCAGCAGAUGGAGGGCAUGACCUUCCGAGACAUGCAGGUGGCCCUGCGCACCCGGGGGCUGAGUGCGGGCGGCACUCGGGCCGAGCUGGAGACCCGGCUGGCGGAGGCUUUGAGGGCCGAGCAGCAGCAGCAGCAGCGGGGCACCAGCACCCUCGGCAGCAGCAGCAGCAGCAGGAAAGUGCAGCAGCAGCGGCAGCAACAGGAAGAUGAAGAGGAGGAGGAGGAAUGGGAGGAGGAGGAGGAGGAUGUCACCGGCCCCUCCUCCUCCUCCGGCCGGCAGCAGGAGCAGCAGGACUCGCAGCAGCAGCGAUUGGAGGUGCUGUUAGAGGAGCUGGAGGAGGUGCCGUACGGGCAGCUGAAGAGCAUGUGUGCGGAGCGCGGACUCAGCGGGGCGGGGAAGAAGGCGGAGCUGCAGCAACGGCUAGCUGAGGCGAUACUGCAGGAGGAGGAGGAGGAGGAGGCGGAGGAGGAGCAGGAGAGGCCCCCUGCUGCCUCUCCCCCCUCCGCCCCCUCCCCCGAGUCGCUGCUCCCCGAGCUCCUGUCGCUGCCCACCCCCGACCUGAUCGCCACGCUGCGGGAGUACGGCGAGGAGGUGCCGGUGACCCGCGGGUCGCCCCCCAAGCGCCAGCUGGCUACCCGCCUGGCUGAGCUGAUGGUGGCGGAGGUGGCGGCGGAGCUGUCCAGGGGGGGGCAGGAGGAGGAGGAGGGGAGAGAAGAGGGGCAGGGAGAGGAGGAAGAGGAGUAUGAAGAGGAAGAGGACGAGGGGGAGUGGGAGUAUGGCGAUGAGGAGGGCGAGGAGGCGGAGGAGGACGAGGAGGAGGAGGCUCCUUCCGCUUCCAAGUCCGGCUCUGUGUUGGAUCCCGGCUCGCUGAGCAUGACUGACCGGCGGCUGCUGCUGGCGGGAGCCAUGGAGGACCUGCGGGCGGCGCAUGCGACCAAGACCCGGCAGCAGCUGUUCGGGUCCCUGAAGCGGGUGCGCCCCGGCUGCAGCUACCAGUCCCGCGAGGUGCUGAUGGACCAGCUGGUGCGAGCGGAGGGCGAGGAGGCGCUGGAGGCGGAGCUGCAGGCUGCCGCCUCCGACCCCGCCGCCGCCUCCCGCCUCCGCGCCCGCCUCGCCUCCCUCCGCUCCACCCCGAGCGGGGGCAGCUCGCUGCCUCGGCUGCGCGCCUCCGCGCCCGCCCCCCGCCCCCCCGCGGUGGAGGCGGCGGACUACGCGAGCCUUACCCCGGCGGAUGUGCGGCGCAUGCGGGUGGAGGACCUGCGGGCGGCGCUAGCGCACUUUGGGCUGGACAGCUCUGGCACCAAGUACGAGAUGGUGGAGAAGCUCAUGGCACGCGUGAGGACCCUGCACGCCGCGCGAAAGCAGGCGCGGCAGGCGGAGAAGCUGCACGCACGGCAGGAACGGCAGGCGGAGCGCAUGCAGAGGCAGGGGGGCGCUGCUGGUGCUGCUGCUGAGGAGGAGGAGGCGGAGGCCUCUGCUGCUCCCGCUGCUGCUGCAUUCGACCACGUUUUGGGCAUGACGCUGCGGUCGCUGCGGGAGGAGUUGGACGCUCGCGGGCUGCCCACUGGUGGCGGGCGGAGCGAGCUGCAGGCGCGGCUGAUCGGGGCGCUGCGGGGGGAGGCGGAGGCGGCACGGAGACUGUCACCGGAGCUCAAGGCUGCCGCUGCCGCCGGGCUGACCUCCGAGUCGGCAGCUGCGGGCGGCGAGCCAGCGGAGCCCUACCUGCUCACUCCGGGGGCAGCUGGGGAGCCCGAGGAGGCACUAGGCGCCUCCGCCUCCUCCCUUGCAGCGGGCGACCUGGACUCCGCCGCCGCCGCCUCCUCGCUGGCAGUCCGGGCCAUGUCCCCUCGCGCCCGUCUGGCUGCUCAGCUGGUGCGGGCGGCGGAGGGGCUGGGCAGCGAGGCGGAGCGCGCGGCGGCACUAGCGGUGACGCUGGCGGGGGGUGGCGGGGCGGGGGGCGGCGGGCUGGCUGCCGAGCUGCUGGUGCUGGCGGGCGAGCCGGCGGUGGACGUGGCGGUGGUGGGGGGCUGCGUGAGGGGUCGUAUCGACCUGGCCGCCCAGUCCCUGGCCGCCUGCCGGGCCGUGCUGGACCACCUGCACUCCGCGCCGCUGACCUCGCCCGCCGCCGCGGCACUCAGCCCCGACCUGGGGCCCAUGCUGGCGGAGGCGGAGGCGGAGGAAGGCGAGGAGGCGGAGGAAGCGGAGGAGAGAGAGCAGGAGGCGGAAGGCGAGGAAGCGGAGGAGGGAGAGGAGGGGCAGCAGGAGCCGGAGGGAGAGGAGGAGGAGGCGGCGGACACCGCCGCCGCCGCUGCCCCCCUAGUGGGCGGCGUGCCUCGUCACCCCACCGGCGCAGUGGUGUCGGUGUGGUGGCUGGACGGAACCACGGGUCGCUCCUUCCGCCUCUCCCCCGCCCAGGUCUACGCCGCCAGCCCCGCCGAGCUGGCUGCCGGCGUGUUCCCCGCCGUACACCCAGGUCUGCUUGCCGUACCGCCGCCCAGCCCCCUCAGCCUGGAUACCCCCGACCUGCUUGAGGAAGAAGAGGAGGAGGAGGAGGAGCAGGAGGAGGAGGCGUCCAAGGCGCAAGAAGGAGGAGCUGAAGACCAAGCUGAGGAUGAGGAGGAUGAGGAUCAGGCCACUUCCUUCCCCGACGUGUCCUCCCUGGCCGCCCACCUGGCCGCCUCCUGCCAUGUGGUGCUGCCCGCGGUGCCGGCGGGCGGGGCGCAGUGGGGGGCGCUGCAGGCGGCGCUGGCGGGCGCGGGGGCGGCGGUGGUGGGCAGCGGGGCGAGGGAGGCGGAGGCGGCGCAGGACAGAGUGGGUGUGCUGUCCCGUCUGUCCUCGCUGCACUACCCAGUGGUGCCGCUGUUGGAGCUGGGGCCAGGGCUGGUGGCGGGGGCGGUGAGGGAGGCGGCCAGGCAGGCGGAGGAGGCGGAGGCGCAGAGGGAGAAGGAGGAGCAGGAGGGGGCGCAGAGGGAGGAGCAGGAAGGGGCGAAGAAGGAGGCGGAUAAGGAGGUGGUUGAGGAGGAGGAGGCCGAAGAGGAGGAGGAGGAGAAGGACCCUGUGGUGGCUGCUGCCGAGGUGGUGAUUCGGGACCGGGUGCUGGAGUGGUGCAAGGAGCAGAGUCUGGACCCCUCCCUGCAGCUCUUCCUGCUGCGCCCGCGCCACUCCGCCGGCGCCUCCUCCGCCGCCGACACGCGCACCGCGCUGGGGGCGGAGCGGGUGGCGGAACUGCUG